AUGAAUUUUAUUCCAAUUGGAUGUGGUGAGGUCUACUACCUACGAUUGUUGUUGAAUCUACAACGUGGGUGUCAAACGUAUGGUGAUUUACGUACAGUUAACAAUGUGGUCUAUCCUUCAUUUCAAGAUGCUUGCUCUGCAUUGCGGUUGUUAGAUGAUGAUAAAGAAUCAAUUGGUGGGAUAAAUGAGUGUUCAGAGUUGGCAUCUGGGUAUACAGCCAGGAAACUAUUUGUGACAUUACUUUUAUCCAACACAAUAGUCCAACCAAAUUUGGUCUUUCAGGAAACAUGCCGUUUAUUAGCAGAUGGAAUUUUGUACGAUAGACGGAGGCGUUUAUCAUGUCCAGAUUUGCAAUUGGAUGAUGAGACUCUUAAGACGUUAUGUUUGAUUGAGUUGGAGAAGAUACUGGUUGACAAUGGCAAAAGUCUUCGUGACUUUCCAUGCAUUCCAUACCCUAAAAGUAAUGACAUUCCAACUUAUUCUAAUAUACUAUUGUUUAAUGAGUUGAGGUUUGAUAUACUAGAAAUGGCAAGCAAACAUGAUGACCAUGUUUCUAGAUUGAACAAGUGUCAAAAGGUUGUGUAUGAUGAGGUUUUGAAGGCUGUCAAUAAUGGUGUUGGCAGAUUCUUCUUUGUUUAUGGUUAUGGUGGAACGGGUAAAACAUUUUUGUGGAAGACUUUAACUUAUAAGAUUCGAUCAGAGAGAAAAGUUGUGUUAAAUGUUGCAUCAAGUGGGAUUGCAUCUUUGCUGCUACCGGGGGGACGAACUGCAUAUUCACUAUUCAGUAUCCCAAUAGCUUUAGACGAAGAUUCAUGUUGUAAUAUCAAACAAGGUAGUCCUAAAGCAGAGCUAUUAAAACACACCAGUUUAAUCAUAUGGGAUGAAGCUCCUAUGGUUAAUAGAUGGGCAUUCGAGGCCUUAGAUCGAACUUUGCGCGAUGUUAUGCGUUUCGAUGUUGAAAGCGCACCAACUAAACCAUUUGGUGGAAAGGUUGUGGUAUUGGGUGGAGAUUUUCGACAAACUUUACCCAUAAUUCCUAAAGCAGAUCGUGCUCAAAUUGUCAUGGCAACAAUCAAUUCUUCAAAAUUAUGGAAACAUUGCAAGGUUCUUUGGCUGCGUGAGAACAUGAGAUUGCAAUCUGGAAACUGUGUGGAAGAAAAAAAACAACUUAAAUUGUUUGCACAGUGGAUACUUGAUGUUGGGGAAGGUAAAAUAGGGGACUAUAAUGACGGUGAAUGUGAAAUUGAAAUACCACAAGACCUGUGUGUUCAUUGUGAAAAUGAUCCUAUACAUGACAUUGUCACAUCCACUUAUCCAGAUAUCCACACAAAUACUAUUGAUAAAAACUAUUUCAUGGACAAAGCAAUACUUGCGCCAACUCAAGAAAUAGUUGAGUCUAUCAAUAACUUCAUGUUGUCCCAAUUCCCAGGUAAAGAGACGAUCUAUCUAAGCUCUGAUACUAUAGUUAAAGUUGACGAGGAUGUUGGGAUUGAUGCCAAUUGGAUUACAACCGAGUUUUUAAAUGAUAUCAAGGGUUCUGAACUUCCUGAUCAUAAAUUGGUUUUGAAAGAAGAUAUCCCUAUUAUGUUGAUGAGAAACAUAGAUGUUUCAAGUGGCCUUUGCAAUGGGACUAGGCUUAUUGUUGAACAUCUUGGGGUCAACGUGCUUUAUGCAAGGGUGUUGACUGGGAAAAAGGCAGGUUCCCACGUUUGUAUUCCCCGAAUGAAGAUCAUACCAUCAGACGGUGGUUUACCUGUGAAAUUUCAACGUAGACAAUUUCCUAUUGCUGUUUGCUUUGCAAUGACAAUCAACAAAAGUCAAGGUCAAACAUUGUCAAGGGUUGGUGUGUUCUUACCACGACCUGUUUUCUCACAUGGGCAAUUGUAUGUUGCUGUAUCUCGUGUCAGUUCAAGACAAGGUCUAAAAAUCUAUGUGGAUGGCAUGGGAACCGGUGGCGUGCGUUGCACGAAAAAUGUUGUCUACAAGGAGGUCUUUAAAAAUUUGUGA